AAACUGAAGUACUCCAACAUAAACACAACAAACACACACAAAUAAUACAGAAAAACACCCGCAAGUUAUGAGUUCCUCUAUACAACAAAUCAAGGCUGAUAGGCGUGUGUAUGUCGACCCAAGCAGUCCACAGAUCCAAGGGGUUUGUGCUUGGGUUGUGAAUGAGUGCAACAAAAGUGGAAAUAGCUCGAUCAAGUUUGUAAAGGCUUCCAAAGCAGAAGCACUCUAUGUUAAUGCUGGUGUGAACUACUAUAUUGAUAUGGAGGUAUCUAUUGGUAGCUUGUUGCACAACUGUUUUGCACAAGUAUAUGUUAAUGGCUCGAGCAUUCGACUAGACGAGUUCAAGCCUCUGUUGGGACUCGAUUUAAGUAUCGGCAUUCUCAAGCCUCUGUUGGGAGUCGAUUUAAGUAUCGGCAUUCUCAAGCCUCUGUUGGGAGUCGAUGCAAGUAUCGGAAUUCUUUAAACUUCACGCAAUCAUGCACACGCAAUCGCAAAAAGAUGUGCAACCUAAUUAGGCGUUUGGUGUGCUUGGUUACGGGUACACCAAAACUACUACUAUUGCAUAGUUUUACAUGACUUAGUUAUUGUACUACUACUGCCCUUACAUACUUGAAUAAAACGGAUCUUAUGGAUCCCAAUUAUAUA